AUGCAGCCAGCAGCAGGAGAGGCAUUCUUUCUGCUGCUGCUGCCCAUGCUGUUGCUGCUGCUGCUCAACCAGCAGCAGCAGCAGCAGCAACAGCAGCAGCAGCAGGAAGCGCUGAGAGCCGAGAUGGGGGGAACUACGGAGGCGCUGACGGCCCCUCCAGCUGCUCCUGGGAUAGCAAACAUGCGUGAGAAAGGGCAGCAGCGCCGACAGCGAGGCUCUGCGAGGGGUAAACGGGAAGAUGAACAAGACAAAACUCAACACAGGAAGUGGAGACACCCAGGCGGUUCACCAGGAGGGGAGCCUCAGGGGCGAGGAGACGGCAAAGGCAGGGGGCUGGGACGAGGCGGCGGCCAAGGCGGCGCUGGUGGGGGGAUGGGUGACCGCAGGCCGGUGGCUGGGGGGGCCCCUGAAGAGCACCAGGGGGCCCCCGGGGCCCCUGCAGGUGGAGAUGCAGCAGGAGGUGCUGCUGCUGCUGGUGGGGCUAGGGAGUCUGCAGCGCCACCGCAGCAGCAGCAGCAGCAGCAUCAGCAGCAGCGACAGCAGCAACAUCAUGGAGGAAGACAGCAGCCAACUACCGGUAGAGAUGGAGGCCUCGGGGGACUCCGACUAAAGGAGACACCUGCGGAGACACCUGAGGAGACAGCUGUCUCCUCAGCUGUCUCCGCAGGUGUCGCCUCGGGUGUCUCCGCAGCUGAGGAGACACCUGAGGAGACAGCUGCGGAGACACCCGAGGAGACAGCUGCGGAGACACCUGAGGAGACAGCUGUGGAGACACCCGAGGAGACAGCUGCGGAGACAGGUGAGGAGACAGCUGCGGAGACAGCUGAGGAGACACCUGAAGAGACACCUGAGGAGACACCUGAGCAAACGGCCUUUUCUUCUCCCUUGGGAACGAACGGGGGUGGUUCGCUUGAGGAGACAGUCUCUUUACUUUCAGCAGCAGCAGCAGCAGCAGCAGCAGUAGCAGUAGCAGCAGAAGCAGCAGCAGUAGCAGCAGUAGCAGCAGCAGUAGCAGCAGUAGCAACAGCAGCAGUAGCAGCAGUAGCAGCAGUAGCAGCAGCAGCAGUAGCAGCAGCAGUAUCAGCAGCAGUAGCAGCAGCAGCAGCAGUAGCAGUACUAGCAGCGGGAGCAGCAACAGCAGCAGCUUGCUUUGUUUCUGUUGCAGUAGACUAUAGUAUGUAA